UAUUUGCCAGUUGGUUAUGGGAAAGGGGCUGUGAAGUCAAGAUGGCUGCGCCCGUAAGGAGGGUGCUGCUUCGUCCUCUGCGGAGGAUUUUAACGCAGAUUCCGGGCUCUGGAGUCGCCAGCAGCGGCUGCAGGCAGUUGUCAGUCGGGCUCCGGGUGCCGGCGGUUCAAAAGCCAAACGAAGCAGUGCUAGAAAGCCCCUCUCCGUGGAGGCUGCUGGGAGCGGUUUUUGUGCAGAGACUCGCUGUCAUCUCCAGAGACCGGAGCUCGAUAGAGAAGGACUUUGCCGAGCUGCUGAAACAGACUGAGCUGGAGAGGAGCCUGCUGGCCGACCACGAGCUGCGUCUGCUGGAGGAUGCCGAGCGGGUCAGCCGGAAGCAAGAGGAGGAUUACGACUCGGACGAGGAUUCUGGACAGGACAUCGUGACCGCGCAGGACCUCGAGGACACCUGGGACCAGAAACUGCGACAGUUCAAGCCAGCCCAGCGCCUCACAGGUUCCAUUCAAAAACAACUUCUGAACUCUGAAGCAGACAAGAAAGCAGAUCGAACCUGUCUGGAGCGCUGUCUAGAGGACAGCCUGGUGUUGCUGGUGAAGGAGAAGAUUGGCAGCGAGGAUGUAUGGCUUCUCCCACAGGUGCAGUGGGAGAAUGGAGAGACCCUGAGAGAGACUGCUGAGCGUGCCCUUACCACUCUCACAGGUAACAGCAUCAAAGCCACGUUCCUGGGAAAUGCUCCCUGUGGAGUUUACAAGUACAAAUUCCCAAAGGACGUCCGGACGGAAAGCUGUGUCGGAGCCAAGGUGUUUUUCUUCAAAGCCCUGCUGGGUAGCGGUGACAUUGCCCCAAACAAAAAGGGGGGCCAUGUGUGGGUAAGCAAGACGGAACUGCAGGACUAUCUGAAACCACAGUACCUGGAACAGGUGGGCCGUUUCAUGGUGGACCUGUGAUGAAAAGUGCAACUUGAUGAGACUACAUGACCAGCACUGGGUGAACUGGAGGGUGGUAAUUCUUCUUAAAGGGGAGACGGGAUACACAAUGCAGGAUGUCUCCAGAUUCUGUUUCUCAAUCAAAGACCAAACCCCCUCCUUUUUGCAGAUGUUUGCCCUGCUCUCAUCCUUUCCUUGUGUAUUUCAAGUACUUUUUUAUGUUUCUCUGUCAGAGCCCCCUUUUCAUUUUGUUAUAUUGUCACAAUACGAAUAAAUCCAAACUCUAUACAGUA